AAUUAUUGAAAAGAGAAAACUCGGCCCGUUACACUGUAGAGUACACGAAUAUUUUAGUAGUGCUGCCCUAUUUUGGGAGUAAAAUUAUACUUAUCUCCUGUAUUUUACUGAGCUUAAAUACAGUAUAAUUAUAUAACUACAGUUGUUAUUGGUAUUUAUGGCCACAGCUACUUUACCAUAUUUUGCUGUACUCGGCCACAGAAAGGAUCAAAGAUAUAUAUAUAUGACGGUCUGGACUAAGUACUCACCUAACCACAUAGGAAAUACUUGAUCACACAGAGGCAGAUAGACCUAUGGAAACGGCAGAACCAGCCUAAGCCAACCUAAAUGAGAGUUAAAUCAAGGAACAUUAUUAUUUGUCUCUGUGAGUGAAGUCAUUGCUCAGCCAGGCUCUUACACGAACGCUUCUUGUGGGUGUUGGUGAUGGGACAUCAACAAUGCCUAAUCCGAAAGUGGAAACCAGAGCAACUGCUCGACCAGGUCUCCGUGACAGUAGUACUUCUCCGCCUUCUUUGGGUGAAAAAUCUCCUCGCACGCGAAGUCGAGGAAAUGCUGGGCGAUCUCCGGCACGUUAUAAAACAAAAGAUGAUAUGAGUAGUGAUGAAGACACUCAGGGGACAGACUAUGGCGAUGAAGUAGACCGCAUCACGUCCGACAGGUCUCCACGGCUAUAUCCAGAAUUACCACUUCCUCUGCCAGAUGACUUUGACUUGUCACCAAAGAGGGUUCCCUUCUCAAAGUCAGAUACUGGCUCACUAAAUGAUUCCUACGGCAGUACUCACUCCCGGUGUUCUUCGAGAAGUGGCCCCAGUUCACCAAGAAAAGACAACCCCCUUACCCCCAUGAAGGGAUCACCUGGUAAAAAAAUAUAUCCAGAUUUGAUUCAUAAAGACACUAAACAGUCCAGGAGAGGAGCUUCACCUGUCACGUUGAUCUUCUUCUUUACUCUGGUCUUAGUGUCCAUUUUAGUUCUUUACUAUCAUGUAGAAGAAACUGAUAAACUUCAGAAGUCCAAAGUGCACAAGAAAUCAGUUGAAGAAGUGUAUAAAGAUUUGAAAAAUGAACUCCAAACAAUAAAUGCCCAAAUUACUCAACCAAGACACUUUUGGGUCCAGUUGAUUGGUCAGAUAGACUCUAUAAUGGUUCAGAAUCCAAGGCAGCCGGCCAUCAUACUCGUGGUGGCACCGAAGGAUGCUCGAGGAACUGCGACCUGCCUCAUACACAAGAUUGCAGAAGCUGUUAAUUAUGCAUUUGGGGAUUCCAGAUUUGUAAUGUAUGACGUCAAGAGUGAUAUGCACGUUCACCCCAGAACACUGAAACAGGAGUUAGAUAAUGUUCUUCAGGGGUUGUCAGAGACCCAUGCAGCUGUGAUACACAGUAUUGAGGCCAUCCCUGGGGAAGCUGCCAUGAUAUUUCACGCUUAUUGUGACAAUGAGAACGCACCAUUUAAGCAGGCUAUCAUCUUCCCUAUAAUAGAGGUGGAUUAUUAUUAUGAAAACUUGGCCCACAAGAGACUGGACAACACUGUAGAUGACCUUUUGGCGGAGAUCUGGGGAGUCUCCUUGCUGCCCAAAGACGUGUCUGCCAUAGUGUCGCGCAUCGCUAAUGCUCCCGUGCUCAUUAAACCUGAGACGCCGGGAAGAGUUAAAGAGCUGUGUCCCAUUUAAUCCGGGUACUAGUAAUAGAAUAUUAUUUUUGACUGGUAAUGAACAGACAAUACGAUUCAGAUGUGCUGUACUUGUUUUACUAACGUUUAUUACAGUAUUUAUCAUAAGAACGGUCCUUUGCAUGUGGAAGCUCUCCCAAAAGCCAUAUGUUGUUUGUAUAUAAUUUUGAACUAGUACUGUACUGUAGUUCACACUUGUAAGAGGCUUCUGGGUUGUUGAAUGUUUGCAGGUUGAAAAGAACAGGAGUUUUGUUUCUGUUAAUACAAUGAAUCAUGAAAAAAGUGCCUUUGACUAAGUGAUUCUAUAUGUCAGAUUACUAAAUUUAUAUUAUUUUUAUAGCAGUGUUGCCAGCUGGCCUCCUCUCUUGUUGAAGGAUGCCUCUGCUGUAGUUAGCUCUUUGUCUGGGUUAGUCAUCGGUGUCAGGUGAUGUGUCAUUAUUAGUCCAGAUUUUACAACCACUCUUACAUAAUAUAACAUCACAAGCAUAUUUAACAUAGAUGUUGUAUUUGAUUUAGGUUUGAAAUCCAUCCUAACUUGGAAUAUACUACAUUACAGUAUUUCAGGUUAACUCGGGUCUGUUGAAACUGGGAUUGAUGUAUAAUAAGAAUCGUUUAGGGAUGAGACCACGUGGGUGAUGGUGAAUAUACAGUACUGUACUUGUCUUUCAAAGGGGGUUGUGAAUAUACUAAAUAUUCAAUGUUUUUAGGUGCUAUUUACUUUGGAAACAUCUGCAGCAAGUAUAUGUAUGGUAAACAAGGCAGAUUAUCCAUCCCCUCUACGUAAUGUUUUAGUGUUUGGGUAUUUCAGUGAUCCACUCUGUUGUUAUGCUAGUCGUUUGUGUGUUAUAUUUUGUCGGUACCAAUUUAAAGAGAAUGUAGUAUGUACUUAUUUUAAUAUUAGUAUUGCUCUUCAGUGAACCAAAUCUUGUUUAUUAUAUACAAGAUGUGAUAUAAUCAUCAGAAUGUUCGAUGUUGGUGAUAAUAAAUGCAUUAUGUGUCACACUAGUACAGUAAGGUGGCUUUUGUUUUUAAUUCUGUGUGAGUUUUCCAUUUGUUUAACAUGGAGACUCCACCACAUACAGUACAUCAUCCACAACAUCACACAUAAUACAGUAAACCCCAGAUAAAUUGUGUACCGUAUGUUGUGAUCAAAUUUACAUAAUACUUAUCUAUCCAGUACAUUAUCAACCUAGCUCUCUCUCUCUCUCUCUCUCUCUCUCUCUCUCUCUCUCUGUGGUUAUUGUUUUUUUACCAGUACACCACAACAUUGUUCUCUUCAUUAUUUUUUAGUCACAAAGAAAAUAUUUAGGAAAUAUAAUUUUUAUCUCAUGAAACUGUGGGGGUCAGAGUGCAGUAUCAGGUAGAUUUUACUUGAAUGUGCCUCUUUUAUCCUUGGGGGGGGUCCAUGUUCCGUCGAUUAUUAUUGCAUCCAUGCCUUGCAGCUCCUAGUGAUCGUCGUCACCUCAGGCUGGUGGUCGGAAGUGAGAGUUUUAGCACGAAUAAUGUCCCACUCCCCUUUCUAGUGUCUUGUCUGUACCUGCCUUAAAUUAAUUCUUGGGUACUACUGCACUGACCAAACCAUUUAUUAUAUUAUGUUUAGAAGGAAAUUUCAUAAACAUUUUGUGGAUUGUUAGUGUGUUGAUGUAGUCCUGUAGUGAGCAAGAGUCAGUAAAUAAUGUGGUGCUCUUUAAAGUACCUGUAUACAGUAAUGUCUCUUUAUUUGCUAUUUAUUAUAUAUACUGUACUCUACUGUACCCUAUGAGACAAAGUUAACUGUGGUGAUGGUUGAUGUUUUAAUAUGCUCAUUGUACAGUGCUGGCUGUAAACCUGAACAACAAGACGAUAAAAGAAAAUCAAUCAA